ACAUGAGCCAUCCCCCAGACGCCGUGAAGCUCCCUGUAGCAGCCCCUGGGCACGGCACUCUUGCUUUGGGAGCAUCCCAGAGGCAGGGCCGAGCAGCCGACCCUCGCAGCCUUGUGAAACAACGCGGGUUGUAAGGCCGGCCUCGAUUGGUGGGAGGAAACGCGCUGCUUGUUACCUGCGUGGGGAUUGGCGGUUGCAGAGCACGUGGGCGGGAUUCUGUCCAGAAUCCCAAGUAGGCGGAACUACCGGUGACUCCCAGGCUCUGAUUGGCCGGAAGGAGGAGCUUUCAUUUUUCGCGCACGAUCCCGCUGGUGGGCACGGAUCGGUAGAUUGGCGGCAAGGAGGCGGGGCUUCAGGUUGCUGCGAUUGGUGGAGAAGCCGGGGAGGCGGGACCCGGACGUGAGGUCAGAGGCGCUAUAAAGAGAGCCGUUGGCGCGCCCCGAGAAGCAGCAGUCUAGUAGCUUUUUCUCGUCACCAUGUUCGAGGCGCGGCUGGUGCAGGGUUCGGUGUUGAAGCGCGUGCUAGAGGCGCUUAAAGACCUCAUCACUGAGGCCUGCUGGGACCUGGGCUCGGGCGGCAUCAGCUUGCAGAGCAUGGACUCCUCGCACGUCUCACUGGUGCAGCUCACGCUGCGCUCCGAGGGCUUCGACACCUACCGCUGCGACCGUAACAUCGCUAUGGGCGUCAACCUGACCAGCAUGUCCAAAAUUCUGAAGUGUGCUGGCAACGAAGACAUCAUCACGCUGCGAGCAGAAGACAAUGCAGACACCCUGGCCCUGGUGUUCGAGGCCCCAAAUCAAGAAAAGGUCUCCGAUUAUGAGAUGAAACUAAUGGAUUUGGAUGUGGAACAGCUUGGCAUCCCAGAACAAGAAUACAGUUGUGUUGUGAAAAUGCCUUCAGCUGAAUUUGCACGCAUCUGCAGAGAUCUAAGCCAUAUUGGAGAUGCAGUUGUUAUCUCAUGUGCAAAAGAUGGUGUCAAAUUUUCAGCUAAUGGAGAGCUAGGAAGUGGAAACAUCAAACUGUCCCAGACCAGUAAUGUUGAUAAAGAGGAAGAAGCUGUUACAAUAGAGAUGAAUGAGGCAGUCCAGCUGACUUUUGCUUUGAGGUAUUUGAACUUCUUUACCAAAGCAACUCCUUUGUCGCCUACAGUAACGCUCAGCAUGUCUGCAGAUGUUCCCCUUGUUGUGGAGUACAAGAUUGCUGAUAUGGGACACUUAAAAUACUACCUGGCUCCAAAGAUUGAGGAUCAACAAGAAGGCUCUUAAAUGAUCUCAGACUGAGGAAGUUCCACUGAAAGCCCUUUGAGGAAGGAAACUCCCUUUCUGAAAGGGGGGGGAAAAAAUGUCCAUUCAGUUUGCUAGCAGUUUCAGUGCAUGGAGCAUCAGAUAAGCACUGUUAGGCAUGUUUGUAGAUAAUUCUCUGUAAAUAUUUUUUUCCAAUCUAUUUUUGUUAAACAAAAACUUCUCAUAGCAGAUGCAGAUAAUCUAGAAUAGUGAAGUAUUUACUUUUUAAAUGCUGUUUUUUUUUAGGUCCAAAGCUCUUUUUUUUUUUUUUUAUUCCCUUUUUGACACUGCUAGCAGCAAAAAGGGUGCAAUAUUAAAAUUGCAGUGAUCUCCCUAUGGCUUUACCUGUGGAACUGCAGUUCAGGGGUUACUGUUGCCUUGAGUAGUCUAGAGAACUCAUGCAGCCUUUUCAAUACCUCCCUCUACCCCCCCCCCCCCUUUUUUCAAUUUUGGAGCAUGAUGUCUUUAAUAUAAAACUGGCAAUAAAGCGCAUUAUUCAGCUA